AUGCUUGUCAAGUCCCUAUUCCUGGGAGGCCUUCUCAGCCUCCCUGCUGUUUUCGCUGCUCCGGCCGCCGCCCCAAACUCCCUUGACAAUGCGCCGCCCACUCUCGCGAAGCGUGCGCUCCCAACUUCGACCUUUUCCAACAAGGUCAUCUUUUCACCUCCCUCCAAUGCCGGCUGGACGGAUCCUCGCGUUCUCUACGCCCGUGCCAUCCAGCUCUCAGAUGGCUCCCUUCUGUCCACCUGGGAAAACUACUCCCCUGAGCCACCUCUGGUCUACUUUCCCAUUUUCAAGUCCACUGAUGGAGGUGUCAGUUGGACUCAGAUUGGAAAGAUCGAGGACCAGGUCAACGGCUGGGGCUUGAGAUACCAGCCUGACCUGUACGAGCUGCCUCGUGCCAUUGGCAAGUUCCCUAAGGGUACUAUUAUCGGCUCCGGCAACAGUAUCCCUACGGAUCUUAGCAAGACUAAAAUUGAUGUCUACGCUAGCACUGAUGGUGGCAAGACUUGGAAGUUUGUGAGCUCUAUCGCUGAGGGAGGCGAGGCUCGACCCAACAAUGGACUCACCCCCGUGUGGGAGCCCUACAUGAUGGUUUACAAGGAUCAGCUCGUCUGCUACUAUUCUGACCAGCGAGACCCCAAGUAUGGCCAGAAGCUCGUCCACCAGACCACUAAGGACCUCCUCUCGUGGUCCGCGCUUGUUAACGAUGUGGUCGACGACAACAACUAUUCUGCCCGCCCCGGAAUGCCUCAGCUCGCACUCCUGCCCAACGGCCAGUAUAUCUACGUUUACGAAGUCUGCGGCACCGACGGCUGCCGUGUCCACUACCGCCUGUCAUCUGAUCCCCUCAACAUCCUCAGUGCACCAGGUCACUCCCUCGUCUCCGACAAGGGUACCCGUCCCGUGAGCUCGCCCACUGUCGUCUGGAGCAAGGUUGGUGGACCCAAUGGUAGCAUCAUCGUCAGCUCUGGAAGUCAGUCUGCCAUUUUUGUGAACAAGAACCUUGGUGCCGAUGGAUCGUGGGUCGAGUAUGCCACGCCUCAGCCUAAUGCGUACACGAGGAGCUUGAUGACUUUUCAUGAAGAUGAUAACUACUUGCUGAUUAUCGGAGGAGGAAGACUUCCCCCUAGUAGCACCAACACGGUCAGCCUCAGCGUUGUCAAGCUGACUGAUCUUGGAGUUUAG